GUGUCCAAUCCCAGCUAUAAAAUCUAGACAUCGAUUCUGCGCACUCCACAUUCCCCCAUUCCCUACAUCUUUUUUCUCUCUCUUAAAAAAAAAAAGGAUGGCUUCCCAUUCUCUUACUUUACUGCUUCUAUGUCUAUCCCUUCUCUGCAUCUCCGGCAAGUCCGAUUCCGUACAGGCAGCCACCAGUUUCAUCCGGUCCAGAUGCAGAAAGACGACUUUUCCUGCUGUUUGUAUCCAAUCCCUCUCGAAUUUUGCCCCCUCCAUUCAGAACAACCCGAAACAGCUAGCCCAAACUGCCCUUUCAGUGAGCAUAACCCGGGCUCAGUCCAGCAGAGCAUUCGUGACUAAGCUCGCAAAAUUCAAAGGAUUAAAGCGCAGAGAAUACGCAGCCAUAAAGGAUUGCUUGGAAGAGAUGGCUGAUUCUGUGGACCGGCUCAGCAGUUCACUCCAAGAGCUGAAGAAAAUGGACCGGGCCCGUGGUGAGGAGAUCUUUUGGCACAUCAGCAAUGCCCAGACAUGGGUUAGUGCUUCACUAACCGACGAUAACACCUGUAUGGAUGGGUUUGCGGGCCGAGCCCUGAAUGGGAAGAUUAAGUCAUCAGUUAAUGCCCGGAUGACUAACGUUGCACAAGUGACCAGCAAUGCUUUAGCACUGAUCAACCAAUGUGCUGGAAAUUACAAGUAAUAAUCAAUUAGGCAGUGACUAAGGUGAAUUUUAGUUGUAUGAAUCUUGUGUUUGGCUAAAAUGUUUAAUGUAUAGUAUUAGUGAGUGAGCAAACUACCGGUGUUUGUUUUGCUUUUCUUGUUUGUAAUAUAGAUUUAGCAGUGUGUGUCCUUUUCAUCCACUGUGGCUUGUUUUGGCCUUUCAGAAAUAGAAAAUUUCAAAGGGGUUAAGCUAGCAGCCCUUCCUGCUUUAUCUUUGUGUCCACUGACCACUUCUACUGGCACUUCAAUUUUUCAAAAAAAAAAACAAUUGCGGCAACAAUUGGUACAUAUUGCGACAUACUAACCUUUAAUAUAAGACUUUUUUUUCUCUAAAAAUUUUAUAAUCUCCCC